CAUUACUUUCCGGUACGUCGGUGUGAUAAACUUUGUGUCGGCUUACGGGAGUAACUGUCAAUGUGUUUAUUUCAAAUAAUGACAAAAUGCCAGAAGAUAUGUAAAUAGCCUGAACAUUGUUUUCCCUUGGAAACAUGGCUUUCAUUCAUCUCCCAGACAUAGUUCGUUAUGCUUGCACUUGUGGUUCGUUGAAACCAAUUUCGAGGAUAUACUUUUGCAGGCACUGUCUGAAAGUAAGAUGUGGAUACUGUGUUCUACACGAGGUGGAUUCCCAUUACUGUGCUCAUUGCCUUGAGAACAUCCCUUCAGCAGAAGCGAGACUUAAAAAACAGAAAUGUGCCAGUUGUUUUGAUUGCCCUAGUUGCCUAAACACACUGUCUACACGAACAACGGUGCAGACGACUCAUAAUCCAGAUGACCCGUCCAAGACAGUUACGCGUAAAGCAUAUUAUUUGUCUUGCGGCUGCUGUCGUUGGACUUCAAGGGAUGUGGGACUAGCCGACCAAACUGUCGCUAGUGGAGCAUGGCCUGAGAAGGAGAAUGUAUUUGCACCUCGUGUGAAUGCUCUCUUGGAAUACUACAAAGCUCUUGCUUUAAGAGAAAAACAAGAAAAAGAGCGCAAGAAGUUUACUCCCAGGAGGAGUUAUCUUGUACUAGAAAAGUAUGCCCUGUCAAAUGUUGGAGCCCGAAAGAGAGUGGGGUUAAGUUCGCUUGGCAGUUCAUUGCCCCUGAAAGAUGAUCCAUCGAAGUUUCCAUCUUUGGAAAGGGCAGUGGCAACUGAAGACGUUGAUGACUUGCCUGCUGAUAUCUUUGAAAAACCUUUAGAUCUGACUAAGAUUACAACACUAACACAGAGGCUUGCUCAGCCAGAGUUUCAGCCUACGAAGGUAUCACAGUUGUAUCCAGCACACAAACAGCUCCUUAUCAAGCGCUCUCAAAGAUGCCGGAGUUGCGAACAUAAUGUCAGCAAGCCAGAAUAUAACCCAGCUUCAAUAAAGUUCAAGAUUCAGCUGUCUGCAUACUAUCAUGUACCAGAAGUACGUAUUGUAACGUGUGAACCUCUGAAGAUUGGUCAGAGAAGUGAAUUCAUUCUUAAGUUGUGUAACCCAACACAGCACCAAAGCACUGUGCAGUUCUUGAUCUUACCUUCUCCUGAUGAAGACCUAGAGGAAUGGCGGAAAGAAAUGGAAGAAAAGAAGAAAAAACUAGAAAAGAAAGAAUCUGAGAAAGAGGUGACAUUCUCACUGUCGUCAUCACUGACACGACAGUUGUCGAUGACAGAAGAGCCAAAACCUGUCCGUGUUAAUCUCACUGGGGAAGUUGAACUGCCAACAAGCACUGUUAUUCUGCCUCCAAGGGAUGAUGCAGCUGAAUAUGAUGAUUCCGGUGAUACUCAUAACUUCCAAGAUGAUCCCAAAGUUGUUGUAUGGAGAAAGGCAAACAAAGCAGCAGUGAAGCUAGUAGUCAUCCCCACAGAGGAGAGCAAAACUCAUGAUGGAGAGGUGAUUGUCGGUUUUCUGAUGCAGUAUACAUAUGUUAACACUAUGGCAACUCUUGAACAAAAGGAACCACAGAAAGUUACUCUCAAAGUAAAAAUAUAUGUUACAUUAGGUAAAACUGCUAUUUCUGAAUAAGAUAAUUAUAAAAGGUGCUUAACUGGUAUGGGAUUAUGGGUGUUGCAAUGCUGUGAAUGAAGUAUGAGAUGCUGUAUUUAUUGUGUAACUUUUUGUUAAUUUAUUAAUCAUAUACAGUUGUUAAUUUGUUUGAAUUUGACUGAGCUUCAUGUAACACAGUGUAACAUGCGAAAUGAGUAUAAAAUAUCUAAAAUAAGUAAUGGAGUGACUGUACUUGCCAGACUUAACAAAAUUAUUUCUAAGCUAGCAAGUAUACAGUAGGGUGCCUACUGUUUCGGUAUUUAUGUUUCCUUGUGUCAAAAGGAAAAUUCAUUUUUAGAAAACUGCAAAAUUGUGAGGAAACAUGAGGCAAAAUUCUAAGUACUGCCAAUAGACUCAUUUAAAAGUCGGGACAAAUCUAAACUAGUUCUUGAGACUGUUUCGUCCUUAGGGCAGAAAGAUGGUUAGGUUGGGAAGGAAGUGCAUCUCACUUAGUCCCACCUGUUCCAGUGACUAUGAGAGACAAAAAUAAGGGAAGGUAACAGAGAGAGUAGGCACUCAAAGGUCGUGCACUGGUAACCACAGUGCCACUUCAGUCCAGAUAAGAUAAGGUAAAGCAAGUAGUGCAAUUAAGAGCAAAGAAGAAAAUGGAAAAUUCAGGGAAACUAUUUGCUACUUUUAGAUGUCCCAAUUGGCAGUACUUGGAUUAUGUUUGUUUGGAAGCUGUGAUGCAGUUUUAAGAUAUCUAUCAUUCAUUUGUAUGUACCAGUUGGUUUCAUCAUAUUCUCAACACUUUUGGUAAGUGCAACCAGAUUGCUUUUCAUUAUUGAUUUUAUGCUCAGCCCAUACAAACAUAGUAUUAAAGUAUUAACUGACAUUUAUAUAGGAAACUGAUAUUUUGUUUAACAUAAUGUAUUGAUGCAGUCAGAAGCAGCAUUACUGCCUUGAACUUUGUAAUUCUAUGUAAUCAGUAUGAAUCUGCUUGAUGUGAUCACAUUCAGCCUUUCAGCAUUGUGCUUGUACUGAAUAUUUAUUGUGCAAUACAAAAUAUAACAUUUUUUUGCAAACUUA